AUGCACCGCGGGGAAAGGAGACGUUCAAACCGUACAACCGACCCGCGCCGCGAGCUGAUCACUCGGUCAGGUUGCCGACAUGCCGAUCGACCCGGGCUAUUUGUCAUCACAGGUGCUUUUUCGGGUUUUGGGUUGUCGUUUUGUCGUCUGGAUUUCGCCAAAAUUCGAGACCAGCACGCUUAUCUUUUUCGCGGCAAAUCUCGCAAGAUUACAAGACGAUUCGCACCAGACCGCGGUUCGACCUUAACACUUGACCUUCCCGUCCGGCGUCUGACCGAACGGGGACCCCGUGUAAAGUAUCUCUCGGUGAAGAAGAUUCAAGAAGCCGGGCCACCGGCGGUCACACCACGGAGCGCGGACACCGCCCGUGACGGCGCGCCGGAGAGUCGCACCGGAUACCCCGUCGCGUUUGCAGAGCCGUUUGCAGAGCCGCGCGGGGCCGAAGCAGGUGCGCGCCACUCCCUCCCAGCACACCUUUAGGCGACGCGGGCCCGAACCCAAGGCAGGACGCGACCGACGCCGGGCACCCCGCGCCGGAUCCAGCCGAGGCGAAGGGCUGGCGCCUCAGGCUCUACUGGCCCGCGCUGGACAGGUCGUUCACCGGGCGCGUGUUCGACUACGACCCGAGGAAGAAGACGUUCACCGUGCGGUGG